GCGCAGACAGCCAACAACAUGGCGGAUCUGAAGGCAUUAGAGCACUCUACUUUGAAGGUGCCGUAUGAAAUACUAAAUAAGAAGUUUCGCAAUGCCCAGAAGAAUAUCGAUCGUGAAGUCUCGCAUGUACUACACGUUACUAACGAGUUAGAAAAAUGCCUUGAAAAUAAACCUGUUACAGUUGGUACAGUUGCCAGUUUACUUGACUCAGUGGUGGACAAAUUGACAGUACUUAAAAGAAAGGCUGAGGAGAGUAUAAGUCAGGAGGAAGACAGCGUUAAAGUAUGCAAAAGACGAGUGGAACAUCUAAAAGAUUAUGAUAGUUGUAAUCCGGCCAUUGUAGCUCAGUGGAAGAAAAAAAGAUUGGAUCGGAUGUUAGUGGAAUACUUCCUACGAGCUGGUUUUUACGACUCUGCUCUGAAGUUAGCAAGGCACAGUGAUAUUGAGGAUUUGACCAAUAUAGAGUUAUUUAUGAUUUCAAAGGAUGUAGAAGAGUCGUUACUUCGUAGAGAAACUUCCACUUGCCUCGCUUGGUGUCAUGAUAACAAAUCAAAACUUAGAAAAAUCAAGAGUUCUUUAGAGUUCAAUUUACGUACUCAAGAAUUUAUAGAACAUAUACGUUUCAAUAAACGCAUGGAGGCAAUUCGCCAUGCUCGGCGGUUCUUUUCUAGUUUAGAACAGCAGCAGCUACCUGAAGUACAGAAAGUCAUGGGCCUCCUUGCUUAUCCUUCCGAUACUACAAUAGGUUCUUAUAGGGAACUUUUAGAUGCAAGUCGGUGGCACAUGUUAGUUGAACAAUUUAGAGCCGACAAUUUCAAACUCCAUCAGCUUAAUUCCAACUCUGUAUUUACAGUCACUCUAGAGUCUGGUUUAGCUGCUUUGAAGACACCUCAUUGUUACCGUGAUGAUAGUAAGAAUGCAGAGUGUCCAGUUUGCAAUAAGAAUUUAAACGAAUUAGCCAAACCAUUGCCAUUUGCACACUGUGCUCAGUCUAGAUUAGUUUGCUUCAUGUCAGGACAAAUAAUGAAUGAACACAAUCCACCAAUGAUGCUACCUAAUGGAUAUGUGUACGGACAAAAUUCAUUACGAACCAUGGCAUCAGAGAACGAUGGGAAGGUCACAUGUCCAAGAACAAAGGAAGCAUUUGAUAUAGAUCAAGCGGAAAAAGUUUUUGUUAUGUAACACAACUUUUUCCCCAAUCUGUUGUCUAUGUUGUAUGUCAACAUCACUUCAUUCAGCGCUUUCAAACAAUUCAUCACCCAUAGUCUUCUGCAUUGUGUCAAUUUCUUCAAAGAUUGAUGCUGCAAAUAGCUCUGUUUCCUUCAUUCCCCCUGCUCUCCGUUCCCUGUGAUUCUUGUCUAUUAUUUUACUCUCGCACCAUUCCAUACUGCCCCAUUAUCAAGCAUUGAUUUGUCUGCUUCCCAAUUGAGGGCAAUCUCACUCUGACAAGUCAGUCUGGCUGUACCAAAAACAAUACAUUGGCAGAGAGAGC